CAUCUCUUCUGCUGCUUGUCCCGUCCCGCUUCUUAUAAAAUUGUGCUACACAAUGGCCGCUCACGGAAUCACAUUCGCCGCCCUCCUCGCCAUGGCCGCCCUCACGCACGCAGCUGACACCACUCAUAAAAACGCACGACUUUUCAACAACGACGAAGAUACUUCUCUCACCAUCGGCGGCGAGAGCCUCUUCUACAUGGGGGUCAUCUUCGUUGGCCUGCUCUUGCUCACGUCUUUCCUGGGGCUCUUCGGGAUAUCAGGCAAGGUUGCUCAGCCCUACGACUACGCCCCCGCUACCGGUUACGGUGCCUCUGCCCCAGCCUAUGAUGAGAAAACCACCUUUUCCAUCCAGCAAUUAAUUGAAAAUGCUGUCAACAAGUUCCAGUAGAGUCCGCGAGCAUAGAUAUUCGAAUAUGUUAACAGAAGACCCUGUUAUGAUUAUUUACACAAAAAAAUGUUUUCCCCUGUGAAUUUUCUCCUGGUCGUCACAGAAAACAGUGGAACCUGUGAUUGAUCUGUUGAUCUCUUGUUUCUUAUAUUCUAUUUAAUUUAUGCUGUAAAUAAAUUGUUUUGUUUG